AUGAUUGCUAUUAUAUUCUAUAUUUGGAAGAAAUGGUGAAAUAUCUCUGUUGAUCCACUAAAACAAAAAGAAGAAAUAUCAAUUCAAGAUGCCAUUCUCGCUGCCAGUAUUGGAAAUGAGUUCUUUCAGUAUGUGCCAAUGGGACCAGACUUUAAGCUGAUAAGCCCUUUGCUUUCAGAGCUCAGUGGGUUGUUUUCAUUGAACUUGGAAGAAGCAAUAAAGCUGGAAAACGGAGUCUUUUGGAUCGUUGUUAAGUUCGAAUAUGGAGGAAUAGGACUUUGAAUUUUACUUUGUCUUGUUAUUCUGCUGCAGUUUGAUGAUAGAUUUCCACAUUUUUCACUGUUCAGACUUUUGAGAUGGAUUUCUGAUUUUUUGAUGCCUAUUUUGGGAAAUCUUUGCUUUAUUCCGUUUAUUUCAAUUUGCUUAUUCCUCCAUUUAAUAGCAGUACCCUUUUAA